AUGUCUUUCAGGGGACGCCUCGCAAUAGUCACGGGUGGCGCGAGUGGCAUCGUUUGCUGCUCUCUGGCUGCAGAAGGUGUCACUGUGGUGGUGGCCGACAGGCAGCUUGAGGCGGCACGCCAGGUGGCCCAGUCCUUGCCAGGCAAGCUCAAGGAGUGUAUCUUCGUGGGCUGCCUCGACGCAGGCGACGCCAAACACCGAGCCAUGUACGUGGAUGCCGGCGACACGUCAUCAGUGGAACAGCUCUUCAACUGCACCAGGACUUCGUGCCCUCAGCCGCUUAGCAUAGUAGUGAACUGUGCCGGCAUUUAUUACUCGGCACUUCUCGAAGACACCACUGACGAGAUUUUCGACGACGUCAUAAGGGUCAAUCUGAAGGGUACAUUCCUGAUUAACCGAGCGGCCGCUCGAGAGAUAUUACGUUCGGGGAAAGCAUUGCCCGAAAUAGGCGCCGCCAUUGUGAAUGUGGCCAGUAUCUCAGCCAAAGGCGGUGCGUCCGGGUGCAGCGCGUACGCCGCUUCCAAAGCCGGCGUCGUGGCUCUGACGAAGUCUCUGGCUCAAGAACUGGCGAGCCACGGUAUCCGCUGCCACGCAGUUCUUCCCGGUUGGACGGACACGCCCAUGACAAACGUCCUGACUAAAAGGCAAAGAAACCUCCUAGUGUCUCUGACGCCUCUGAAGUGUGCAGCCCAGCCACGGGAGAUAGCCGAGGCGAUCAAAUUUCUGUGCUCACCCACUGCAAGCUCAUUUGUGACGGGCGCAGAGCUUGAAGUCACCGGAGGAUUCAAGAUGUGA